CUGACUUGACUGUCAACCAUGUCAAUUUAGCAGGGCCGGGCAGAAUACUGUAGCAAUAUUUGUUAAAAUUACGAAAUUUUAUUAAUUAAAAGAUGGAUUGGCAAGCAGUAAGAAAUCAAUUUAAACAAACUUGGCUGACUACGGCCCUUAGUUUAAUUUUGUUUGCUGGUGUUACGUACUUUCUAUUGUGGACAGAGUGUCAAACAAUCCAGAUUAACUUGAUGCUUGAGGAGCUGGUGUCAGCAGCUGAGACCAUUGACGUGCACACUGGCGACGAAGCGGCGCGCUAUGAAGGAAAGGUCGUUCAUAUAGUGGGACCUUUGAGGAUACUCGAACCAAUAUCAGAGCCCGACUACAACAUACAAGUACAAGCUGUUAAACUACGGAAACGGGUGCAGAUGUACCAAUGGAUUGAGGAGUCUACGGAUCAAGAUAAUUUCAUCAGUGAACCUGCUGAAGAGUCACGUAAAACAUAUUGGUACCACAAAGACUGGCGAGACUAUGUAGUGGACUCUUCGCUGUUUUACAUCAGACCGGGGCAUAUAAAUCCUGCCAUUAUGCCCAUGAGCAGUGAAACACAUAUCGCUGAUAAUGUUAAAAUUGGAUGGGCAUAUUUAGGCAUUGAUGUGAAACGCAAAGUCACAGAUUAUUACGAGAUUUGGUCGGACUCCAGACCAGAGCGCAGUGACAUCAAGCUUCACUCUGGUUUCUAUUACCAUGGAGACAGUCCUUUGGAACACCAGAUUGGAGAUCUCCGUAUACAUUUCUCUUAUGCUGGUCGGGAGGAUGAUAUUUACACAGCAGUGGGCGAGGUGGAAGGCGGCACUAUACAGGCUUACAGUCCAACAAGGUUUCCUUCAGCGGACCCUAUUUGUCUACUCCGCAAAGGUUCUUAUACUUUGAACCACCUCUUUGAACUAGAGAAGAGAGAUGCAAAUAUUCACACUUGGCAAUACAGACUAUUUGGAUUUGUCCAAGUCUUGGCUUCCGCAAUGACAUUACAUCCUGAUUGGGUGACACUAUUUUUACAAAGUACAUGGGUGUCGAGUAACUUCAGGCGGUGCUCAAGAUUUUGGAUCAACUUCGUCCUAUCGUGCUCCUACACUUUAUUCAUCAUUGCUUUACCAUGGUUGAUCCACAAGCCAGCAUUCGGAGCUAUAGUGUUGGGAUUUUCGAUGUUGCCACUUCUUCACUACUCGACACUGAUGACGCGCCGCGACGCUACCCAGGACGCUCCUCAGUACACGAGGUGGAUCAACAACGCUAACUGAACGACCAAUUACCACGAACAUGGAAUUUAUAAAGUGAGAGAGUAAACCUAACUCAGUUCGUUGACCCGCGAGUCAUACGGCUCAAUAUUUAUAUAUAUUUUUGUAAGUAGCAUUAAGUCCUAAAUGAAAUGUGUCCCGGCCCGCUUUUUUAGCUUAAUACAUUAAGAGAGAUCAUUAAAUCUAAUCUUAAACGUCAAUAAGUGCAAUAUAUUUAAUUUUGUAGCUAAUAUUGGAAUAGUAAUUAUCCCGUCGUUUAGUCGGUAACGAAACGCGUUUAGCAUGUGUUUUAGGUACCUUGCGUCCGUCUUCCACUUGGACUACCAAUGAAAUUAUUCUGCUACAGUUAAAAUAAUUUUAUAUAGAAUUGUAAUUAGUGCCAAAAUUUGGAAGAUUGAUAUUAAUUAUAUUUUGCUGAUGUCUUAAUUGCUGCUUAAAGAUAAGCGUCCACAGGCCCGAAUCGUACGCAUCGUACGAAUUCCGUAUGAUGUCAUCAGUACGCAUCGCAUGUAGGCAUUGCUAAUGAUGCUGAUCAGUAGGAGACGCAAUUGUAAGUUUCUAUACAAGAAAAACUAAAAUCCGUUGCGUGCGAUGCGUACGAUGCGGACCUGUGAACGCGUACCUUAAAUGAAUGUUUUGAAGAUAAACGUUUUGACAAACAAAAAUUACUAAAUAAAUGAUAGUAGCUGUUUUAAAGAAUUAAAUACAUUUAAAAACAAGUUUUACAAAAUAGUACAAACAUGAUGAGCUGCUUGUUCGGUCUGCCAGAAGAUUAUGUUUUAUAAUUACGGGGGCGAUAUUAAAGGAUAUAUAUUUUUUCGUCACACUGAGGGUUCAUAUCUCGCAUUGUCUAGUCUGAAUAAUUAUAACCUAACAUUAAUUAGUUGUAGGUAGACUGACUGUACUUAAAUGAUACUGUAACAGGCAAAUGGAUACGUUUCUUUAAUAUAAUAAUAAAAUCCUACGCUCUUCCGACUAAUAUACGUCUCUCAUAAUGCGAUAGUUAAUGCACCUUUAGCAAACAACACUAAUGCAUUACAUCUGUAAUUAAUUCCUGAAAUAUUGACGAAUUAACUAAUUUUAAGUCGUCAAUAUUAAACUACGAUAAGCAUUUUAACUUGAUCAAUGCUUUCAGAAAUAAUAUCUAAGGUAAUGUUAUUAUUUUUAUGUUAUAGGUGUAGGGAACCCAUUAACAGUGUUACCAGCCAGAAAAAGUUAACGGUCGGUAAAUAAGUAAUUUGUAUAUCGUUUAUAGUUAUUAACUUUAUUGUUUGGUACAAAUUAAAUUAUGUAUGUUGUUUUAUUUUGUUAUACAAAGAAAAUUAUCGUUGUUGUUUAAAAGCUAAAAUGACAUUUACUUAAAAAAUAUUAAAUUUAUUUAUUUUACAAACUGUGAUUUUUUUGAUAUUAUUUCUUAGCACAAAACAUACACUUAACUACAAAUUGUAUUGUUAAUAAUAAUCUAUAGUUUUUAUGUUAUAUUUUAAAUUAAUUUAAUUCUGUAUCAUAAAUUAACACACUGUGUAUAUUAGUACAAUUAUUAAAUACAUACUGUAGAUCAUUUUAUUCACACACACGAUUACACAUCAAUUUAUACAAAUCCAAUAUAAAAUGACCGCUGAAUAUGCGGAAAGAUCAUAUAAAGUGAGACCAUAAUAAACUGGCUUUGUAUAGAGUCGUGUGUACAAUUACUCCACCAUAUCCCGUACAAGGUAUAUAAGUGAACCAAUUACUAAAUAAGCGUAGAUUAAAGUUUUUACAUUGUGAAUAGAUAUAGGCAAUCUCUAGUGUCAAUAAAUUAAACACAGUAGUUGCAGUAACCUAGUUAUUCAUAAUUCACUUAAUACGCGUAUUUAUUUCAGUCUAUAUUAACUUAUCUAUUUUAAAAAAUACAUACGAAAUAUUAGUAUCAAUCCCUUGGUUGUGAGAACCGCUUGUGACUGCUGUUGUACCUAUAAAAUAAUACUAUUUUCAAAAUAAACUCCUUACAAAUACCUAAA